AACUGUUCAUUUUAGGAAACUGGGUGACAAUUAGAACCACCUCAGAUUGAUGAAGAUAAUGAUGUCUCAGAUGAGAAAGCAGAGAACACAUUAGAAACUCAUUGGUGUCAGAAGUGCCAUCCAGGCAAUGAGCAGCCCAAUGCCAAAACAGUUCUUCUGAGAAAGACAAUACUGCUAUUGUCAUUGCUGAUGAAGAACCAUCAGUGGCAUCUGAAGAUGGAGUAUCCAGGUCAGGAUUGAUGGUGGAAACUGAAUCUUCUGAAAUAGAGCACAGUGAGGCAUCAGUAGAAAUUCCUGCAAUAGAUGAUAUGGAUAGCUUGUUACGUUAUUGUUUCAAGUGUGCUCUCAAGAAAAGCAUAAAGAAGAGUGAUCUACCCCUUUUGACAUCCACCUUUCUUAAAGUUCAUAUGCAACCCUUUUGUCCUGGGAAGCAUAUUGAGUGUGAAGAAUCUUCUUUCAAAAAGUUUGCAAAAUUCCUGCAGCAGAUGCAGUCAGAAGAGUUUAUUAAACUAAAAGAGUUGUCAAAAGGGGUGGACAGUAUAUCAGAAUUUGACCGCUCACAUCCAGACCUUAGAGAUCUAGUUGCACCUGACUUGCCUGCUCUAGAAAAAGAGGUCGCAGAGGAGACUGCUUAUGAACCACCAGAGAUUAUAGAAGUAUUCUGCAUCACUACUGCUACACUUCCUUUGUUUAAAAACCAGGGAUUUAGCAAAGGAGAUUCACUGAGUUUAACGGAACUUCGGAAACAAAUCACAGAUUAUGUCAAAACAAAUAACCUGCAAACAGAAGCAGAUGUAAGCCAGGUUCAGCUGGACCCAGUGCUUGCAGAAAUCACAUUGUUGAGAAAUGAGGGAGACAGAAGUCUGCUUCCUUGGAAUGAAUUGAUUAUCAGGAUUACAGACAAGAUGCAGCCUGGUUGUCUCAUCAAGCUUGCAGGUCAGCAGCCAGUGUUAAGGAAAGGAAAGAUGGAGCCCAUUAAGUUGAAUGUUGUCCAGAGAGGAUCACAAAAGAAGGUGACAGUCAUUGAAAAUUUGGAGUUUUAUGGCAUCGACCCUCGUGUUUUUGCACACGCUGUGCAAAUUGCUAUGGCUUGCAGUGCAACAACAGUAGACUCAGAGCAGAAGAACCAUGGCGUAAAUGUGGUUGUCCAAGGGAACCAGAUGACUUUUAUUUCUAAACUAUUGUUAGACAAAUACAGGAUUCCAAGGAAGUACAUACAAGGCCUUGAGACAGUAUCUAAAGCUAAAAAAAAGUAACUGAGCAUGUGACUUCAUGUUGUGACGUAGUCUACUGUUAGUGCUCAUUUAAAAAAAAUUCUGGGAAAAACAAAACUAUUGAAAUAAGACAUCUCAUCUAGACACUGAACAAGUCAAGAAAGCCGUUGUGUUGGGUCAGUGUCGAAGGGACUGUCGUGAUUUAAAAUAAAGUUUUUGAUAUAAUUUUACUCAAGUGGUGUGCAAAGAAGGAGACUUAAAAACGGGUGUUCUGUUUAAGUGUUUUGUGUCAAGAUCAGGAAUGUAUAAAUCAACCAUGUGUCGUAAAUAACUAAGGAAAGAAUUACGCCACCUUCAGCAAACCAUUUCAGGACACACCUCCAUGUUAGUAUUACCACUUAUUUUUCAUAAAAUCUCAUUUAUUUAUUACUUCAUUUCCAGACACAAAAUCAUUUUCCAAAAUUAAAAAUCGUUAUUGUAUUCAUUUGCCAUAGAAACCUCUGUCAUUUUUGUUAACUUAUCGUCAAUGACUGCUCCGAUCUCUACUGAGAUACUACUAACAGGCAUAGUUCAGAUCUCUCAUGUCUGGGUUUUAAAUAAGUGCUUAUGUGGUGUAUUGUGUCUGGGUAUUUAUUAAAAUAAUAAUUACUGAUAGUACAUGAAUUGCUAAUACUUUGUGAUGUGUAUGUUAAGCCCUGGUCACAUUACUUGUAGAGUAAAUCGGGGUACCCAGAGAUAACUACCUGUGAAGAGGUGCCUCAUCCAGAGAGAGUUGUGUGCCCCAAGUCUUGUCUUGAACCCAGAACCGCACGUCUCACUGUUAUGGUGAAAAGCAAGCGCUUUAUCACUAAGCGAGCAGCCCGCCCCCUUGACAGAUUUUGGCUUUGCAGGCUACAAGGUCUGUCUCACGGUUGAAGUACUCCUUCAUUCUAAUUUGACAGAUCUCACAGGUUACAACCAUAUCCUGUUCAACUUUUAUAACCCCUUGAUAGCAGGCGAACGUUUUUGUGCCUUAGCUGCGCUCAUGCCAUAAAUAUUCAAAGCAUUUUUUUGAAGAUAGGAUCAAUUAGUAUCUAGGGAGAGGUUUGUUUAAAUAAAUCAACAAACGCUGUGGAGUAGCUUUCGACGGUGUCAAGUCGAGAACACUCUUAAAAAUGAAAAAACGUGACAUGAGAAAAUAGUGUAUUGUGUACAGUACACUGUGCAGUGAAUGAGACUGUCUAGUGAAAAAUAAGUCUGUGGCAAAGAGCGCAAAAUUUGGUCACACCAGACUGCGCAGAACUGAAGUGUAAUGUUUAGUACCAGGUUAUACCAAAUAAAUGGAUAAAGGCAUUUGAUCACAAAGUGGUGUGCUAAAUAAAAGACGAGUUCUU